CUACCAAAAGCUGCCAUUUCCAAAACCCUCUCUUCUCUCAGCAAUUUUUAUCAAAUUUUAUUUUUUAGAUAGAAACAAAGUUCUGUGAGUUCCUCGUAAUCAUAGUACGAGGAAGUGUUUCGGAGAGAAAUGCUAAAACGACAUCGUGCUGGAUUAUCACUGAACUUUAUGAUUUUGCCAUUUUGUUGAGUUCAAAACUUGAAGUUCAUGUCAUCUGAAAUUUGCAGUGGAUGAAACGAGUUAGAAGAACAAGAAGCAUGUAAACAAGCCUACACUAAGAUAGCAAUGGAAUUUUUGGUGCACUGUCGAUGUAGGUCAUAUUUGGAUUAUUUAGGAUUUUUCCCUCCAACACUUUGCUUGCAGUUAAAAUGAAAUCAAGGACAGAUGGUGCAUCUAGAGGUCAGAAGGCUAAAAGUCUACAGGGUGAGAGGCCAAAUUGGAUACUUAUUGCAGGUGGAGCCUUGUUAAGUACAUUGUCAAUUCGUCUUGGUUAUAAGCUGAAGCAGACGCUGGACUCCAAGCAACAGUCAAAUGCUGAUAAUGCUCUGAAAGGUAGUGGAAAAACUUCUGACAGGAGGAGGUCACCAGGUCACCAUUUGCAAGCAAACAUGUAUACCUUUAUGCAGGAUAAUGAUGGUUGCCUCAACCACGUUUCAGGAGCUGAGGGCAUGAUGGACAUGAAGCACCAAUCAAAUGCACAGAUUCUGUCAGAAACUGAUGGUUCUCUCCCUCUGGUGUCAGUUCCUGUUCCUGAAUUUACCAAGGAGAAUGAGGUUAUAUGGGCAUCAUCUCCUGAUCGCCUUGAGUUGCCUCCAAAGCCAUUCCAUCAUUCAAACUGCUCAGACUCACCUUGUGUUUCAGAAUCAGGCUCUGAUAUCUUCAGCAAAAGAGAAGUAAUACACAAGCUGAGGCAACAACUGAAGAGAAGAGAUGAUAUGGUACUAGAGAUGCAAGAUCAGAUUAUGGAGUUGCAGAAUUCCCUCAACACUCAGCUUGCUCUAUCUUCUAAUUUGCGGUCACAGCUUGAUGCUGCAAAUAGGGACUUAUUUGAUUCUGAGAGAGAAAUCCAGAGGCUGAGUAAGGCCAUUGAAGAUCAUUGUGCUGGGCAAGUGGGCACUGAUAAUAAGCCAUCAAGGGUCACAAGUUGGCCAACUGACCCAAGAAAUGGCCAUACAAAUGGGUAUAUUGAUGGGGAGAGCAAGUUUGAACUUCCAGAAAAGGGAAAGGGAGAUUGGGAGAGGAUAGAAUUGCUGAAAAGGGAAAUUGGAGAGUUGAAGGAAGUAAUAGAAGGUAAAGAGUAUUUGUUGCGUAGCUACAAGGAACAGAAGACGGAGUUAUCUAUGAAGGUCAAGGAGUUGCAGCAGAGAUUGGAUUCACAUGUCCCCAUUAUUUUGUAGGUGCGGUUAGGUUUGUGAAUUCUUUUUUUCUUUGAAAUGAUGAAAAAGAAAAAGAAAGUGUUUGGGAGAAGGUUCUUUUUCUCCUUUCCUUUGUCAAAAUCCUUAGUUUAGUUUGAUUGUUCAUUGCAUGGUUUUUGUUCUUUGUUCAUGUGUGCAUGCAAGUGAGAGAGAAAGAAACAAAGAAAAAAAUAGGCAAAAGGAAAGUAGUAGGAUGAUUACUCAUUAAUUUGGCUUUGGAUUGUAGUUUGGCUCUCUGGCAUUGUGAUAUUGUUCCUCUAUUAUUCUUAUGAAUAUAUAAAUAUGGUUUUUAAUGAUUUA